AUGAUGAUGGAAACGCAAAAUAUUUAGCUACAACUCAAUUUGCAGCAACCGAAGCACGUCGUGCUUUUCCUUCAUGGGAUGAGCCCGCAAUUAAGGCUACUUUCGACAUUACUUUGAUUGUUCCUUCUGAGUUGAUUGCUUUGAGUAAUAUGAAUGUGAUCUCCGAAACUCCACUUGAGGAUGGCAAAAAGUGUUUCAAGUUUGCAACAACGCCAAUUAUGAGUACUUAUUUGGUUGCAUUUAUCGUUGGUGAUCUGGCUUAUGUUGAGAAAUCUACUACCGGUCUUCAUAACGGUGGAAACCCCGUUUUAAUUCGUGUUUAUGCGACAAAAGGCAGCGAACAACUCGGUCAAUUUGCUUUGGAUGUUGCUGCAGAUGUUUUGGAAUACUUUGCUGAAGGUACUGUCUUUGGCAUUCCAUAUCCAUUACCAAAGUGUGAUAUGGCCGCUAUUCCGGACUUUGAGGUUGGUGCUAUGGAAAAUUGGGGUCUUAUUACUUAUAGGACUACUGCUAUAUUAUUUGAUCCUAAAGCAUCUGAUGCUAGGUUCAAGCAACGUGUUGCAUACACCGUUUCCCAUGAGUUAGCUCAUCAG